UUCUCACUGGUACUACAGUGUAGCUUCACAUAAACAGAGCGACACACAAUGCUCAGCUGUCUGGACAAGACCCAUAACUUCGUGUGAAUUUCAGCCUUUUUUUUGUGUUAAUAGGCCCUAUGCUGCUCUUUACUUCGUGAAUGUAUAUCAACCACCACGGCCAAACAAUGCUAGGCAUCCAUAAGAGAAAGUUUGCAGAGGUAGAUGACAACCCCUGCUACUCCUCCUCCUCCUCCUCCUCCUCCUCCUCCUCCUCUCCAUCCUCCCUCUCCUCCCCUGCCUCCUCAGAGUGGGAGUCCGAUGGGGAGAGCGGCCCCUCUGACAGCCAGGAUUUCACACCUCACAGUCCUUCUUCACCCACCAGUUUACCCACAGUUCAGUCCAUCCUGAAGAGGCCUAAACUCGCAGGUACACAGAGCAACGUGCGCUUUGACCAGGUGACGGUGUUCAGUUUCCCGUGCUGCCAGGGCUUCACCAGCGUGCCCAGUCAUGGAGGGGCCACCCUGGGCAUGAUGCAGAGGCACAGCACCCUUCAGAGAUACACAAUGGCAGAGCAUGCACUGGAGCGACGGCACGGCCGCAGAGAGAGGCUCAGGGAAAGACGGAGGAAAGAAAGGCUUGAAGCAUUGAAACACAAAUUGAUCACCAGCGGGGCGAUUGACCAGAGAGAGGCCGACAGGCUCACGGUGGAGCAGAUCCCAGAUAAAGACACUUACGGGCACAUCAGUGAUGCUGAACUGGAGGAUGGAGGUUUCCUUCAACCGUACUCCUCCAAACAGCGACAGGCUCUCCUGCAGGCGGCGGGGGUGAAGCGCAUCGACAGGGAGGAGAAGAGGCAGCUUCACGCCCUGCGUAUCUCCAGGCAGGCCUGUGGGUGUGACUGCCAAGGCUUCUGUGAGCCAGAGACCUGCGCAUGCAGUCUGGCGGGAAUCAAGUGCCAGGUGGACCGCUUAAACUUCCCAUGCGGCUGCACUAAGGACGGCUGUGGAAACACUCGGGGGCGCAUCGAGUUCAACUCCAGACGAGUGCAGACUCAUUACCUCCACACUGUCAUGAAGCUGGAACUGGAGAGGCGACUGCAAGAUGAAACGCUGAGCCAAGAGGAGCAGACUGGACUGCCUGAGGACCUUCAGGAGUUUGUGGAGCGAGAAGAGACCCAUCCGGCGCAGAGUGCAGAGUGCCCCUUCGGCUUCACCAUGGAGGAAGAGGGUCUUCCUCUCACCAUGCCUGCCACAAAUUCCUUUCAUUUCCCCCCAGAGCGGUUGGCAGUGGAGGAGAGCAGCUGCAGCAGCGACAUGACUGAAUCCUCCUGCUCCUCCUCUGACUCUGACACAGCAGGAUGCCUAAAUGGGAGUCAGAAUCUCCCUGAUGAUGACGGAGGGUUGUCACGUACCCUCAGCAUCAGCGAAAAUAAAAGCUAUACAUGCAGCCAACUGAGGCACAUAGGUGAAGCACUGACGCAGCACAGACGUCAGACAGCAAAUCAAGCCAGAGACUUCUUUGACAGUGACUCUCUGGAGGGCUUCCCCAGCACUCCCUCUCCCACCGUGGACUAUUUCUCAGGCCGGUACAUGGACCUGAGCCUGUUCUCCGACUCCGACAUCGAGUUCUUUGACAGUGACUACACCUCUGGACCUCUGCACAGCUCUUUUAAACUACACAGGCACCCAGACAGCUUUUGCCACCUCCAGCUGUUUAGCUCUGUUAAUCUGCCGCAGUACGAGUCGAGCACCUUCCUCCUGGAGUCUCUGAUCGGCCUGACGGAGCCGAGCCCGGAGCAGAGUUAUGCAGGCAGCGACAGCUGAUUGAAGGCAUUCUAGUGACAUAGCAAGAAACCGUGUAAGAUAAUUAAAUGUAUAAAGCACUGCUUUUAUGUAUUUGUAACAAUAUUGCAAUGUACAAAGAAUUCAUUGAUAAAAUAUGUUUUCCUAGCGGGAUAUUUUUUCUAUUGCCUAAUAAUAAUUUUUGUUUGUCUUUUAUUUUAGAGGAACCACACUUAGUAAUUAAUAUAUGUCUUGUUUUUUUAUUACCUGAACCUACAGUAUAUAAUGAUCUCUGUCAUGUUAUUUAAAUUAACAUUACCAUGGCCACAGAGAACUCUGCUGAUGCUGCAUCCUCAUCAAUGCAAGUUAAGUUGUUUAAUAUUUAUUACAAAGGUCACAAAGGUUGAGGCAAUAAAGAGUUCCUGUUUAAAAAAGGUAUUGCCCGAGGUAGCUGGCCAUGGUAUAAGCAAGAUAAUCCACUUUGAAGCACGCAGUGAUGAAGAAUUAACUUGUUGUGAAUGAUUUUCUACUGUCUAGCCUAUUGUGGAUUAUCAUGUAUAUGCUUAACAAUAUGUUUAUGAUAUGUCUGUCUUGGAGUAAUAUAAUAAAAAAAAGUUUUAUUUA